AUGUCGACCGCUGAUACUAGCUCCCCCACCAACAGCACCCGCACCAUGUCCACCGUAACCUCCGCCGCACCGUCCGCCGCUCCGUCCGGGCCACCCGUUUCCAUGAGCUCGUCGAGCGUCACGGGCACCAAGGCUCUAGCGAAGCGCGCCAUCCGCGUGGCGCAGGCCGUGGCCGACGCGCGGCUCGACAGCGCGUACGAAGACGCGUCGGAAGGAUUCGACUAUCACGACUCGGUGGAGGCCAGCAAGGGCAUCACGCAGACGGACGGCGGACAAAGCGGUGCGCAAGGCGGCGGGAAACCCGGCGGCGCGCCGGUCGCGUCGUACCUGCAGCGCAUGCAGCGCGGAGGGCUGAUCCAAGCGUUCGGAUGCCUCGUUGUGGUGGAAGAAGCGACGUUUAACGUGCUUGCUUUUAGCGAGAACGCUAAGGACCUGCUGGGGCUAAUCCCGAAGCCCAAGACGGAGGAAGAGCUGGAGGUGGAGAAGAAGGCCGCCGAGGAGGAGGAGCGGAAGAAGGCGGAAGAGGCGGCGAAGGCGGAAGCGGCGACGGCGUCCCCAAGCAAGACGCCUUCCGGAAAGUCGGGCAUUGGCCGCGCCUUCUCGUCCCUCAAGGAUAAGAUCUCCUCCGCGAUUCGCGGGCACAACGUGGCAAGCUCUAAGCACUCCAAGGAACGCGGGCGUAGCACCGCGACUUCCGGGACCUCGGGCGGGCGCGUGGGUUCCCCCGCGCGCUCGCAGUCCCCCUCGCGCUCGUGGCGCAGCGGGUUCCGCGCAAGCCGCCGCGCGGAGGACUGGGAGGGCGCGCACUCGAACCUGAGCAAGGCGGGGGACGCGGAAUCCGCUCCGCCGGCUCCGCCGCCGCUUCCGCCGCUCCCCGUGCUCGAUUUCGGGGUGGAUGCGCGCUCCCUCUUCACUCCUGACAGUGUCACCGCCCUAGAAAAAGCCACAGGCGCGGCGGAUCUGAGCAUGAUCAACCCGGUGUUGGUCGAAGCAGCUGUCUCCAACCGAGGCGACCAUCGCCCCUUCUAUGCCAUCCUGCACCGCAUCGACGUGGGCAUCGUCAUCGACCUCGAACCCAUCCGCGACGCCGAAAACAUCUUCACCGGCGCGGGGGCCCUCCAGGCGCACAAGCUCGCCGCCAAGGCCAUCGCUAGGCUCCAACGCAUGCCGCCCGGCGACAUGAUCAAUCUCUGCCAGGCCGUCGUGGAAGAGGUGAAGGAGCUGACUGGGUAUGACCGAGUGAUGACUUAUAAAUUCCAUGAGGAUGAGCAUGGAGAGGUGCUGGCCGAAGCCAAGAAAGAAUCCAUGGAGCCUUACCUCGGUCUCCACUACCCCGCGACCGACAUUCCCCAGGCCAUCCGUUUCCUGUUCAUGAAGAACCGGGUUCGCUGCAUCUGCGACGCAUACUCUGAUGAAGUGAAGGUGGUGAGGGAUGAAGGGAGGCUCAAGCAGCCGGUGACGCUGGCGGGGUCGCAGCUGCGGGCGGCGCAGCGCUGCCACAUCCAGUACAUGCGCAACAUGGGCACCACAGCCUCCAUGACCAUGGCGGUGAUUAUCAACGACGAGGACGCCGCACAGCCGGCUCAGCCGCAGGGUGCGGCGGGUGCUGGCGGCGCUGCUCCCGCGCAGGCGAAUCGCGGGAAGAAGCUGUGGGGGCUGGUGGUGUGCCAUCAUGAAACUGCCCGGUACCUCCCGUUCCCGCUGCGCCUGGCGUGCGAGUUUCUCAUGCAAGUGUUCUCGCUCCAGGUGAACAUGGAGCUUGAGAUGGCCCGGCAGCACCGCGAGAAGGAGAUGCUCCGCACGCAGACUCUCCUCUGCGAUCUCCUCAUGCGUGGGGAUGCUCCCCUCGGGAUUGUCUCACAGAACCCGAAUAUUCAGGACUUAGUUAAGUGCGACGGCGCUGCGCUGUACUACGCCGGGCGGUUCUGGCUGCUGGGAACGACUCCCACUGAGAUGCAGAUCUUGGAUAUUAUUGACUGGCUGGAUACUGCGCACCCGGAUUCGUCCGGUCUGAGCACUGACAGCCUGGCAGAGGCGGGGUAUCCGCGAGCAGAGGAGCUAGGGGAAGGGGUGUGCGGGAUGGCGUGUGCACGGCUGUACGCGAGGGAUGUCUUGCUGUGGUUCCGGUCGCACGUGCGCAAGGAGGUGCGGUGGGGCGGGGAGAAGCACGAUAAUAGAGACAAGGAGGACGAGCAUCCGGAGCGCAUGGCCAUGGGGCCAAGGGCGAGCUUUGCGGCGUUCCUGGAGGUGGUGAGGCAGCGGUCGAUGCCGUGGGAGGACGUGGAGAUGGACGCCGUGCACUCGCUGCAGCUCAUUCUGAGAGGCCAUCUGACGUCCUUCAGCGAUAAUGACAUGCGCGACAUGAUGCUCAACCGCAUGCGCGACCAGGAAAUGGAUCGCCUGAGCGCCACUGAGAGCGAGAUGGUGCGAGUGCUCGAGACGGCUACAGCGCCCAUCCUGGCCGUGGACAGGGACGGGUGCGUCACCGGGUGGAACGCCAGGCUGGCGGCUCUGACAGGGCUGGCCACAGGGGACGCCCUGGGGAAGCACCUGAUCACGGACCUGGUGGUGGAGGGCAAUGUGGACGCUGUUGGAAGGGCGCUCUUCCUCGCUCUGCAAGGCCAGGAGAGCAAGGAGCUGGAGAUCCACCUGCGGACCUGGGGCGUGGUGCAGUCCAACAAGGAUUCGGUCAUCCUCAUCGUCAACGCCUUUGCCAGCCGCGGCACGGCCAUGGGGGGGGAUGACAUGGAGGACGUGGUGGGGGUGUGCUUCGUGGGGCAGGACGUGACGGCUCAGAAGGCAGUGCAGGGCAAGUUCACACGCCUGCAGGGCGAUUACGAGGCGAUUGUGCAUGGGAACAACUCGCUCAUCCCUCCGAUCUUCUCCACUGACGGUGAGACGCAUUCUCAUGUGCUUGGGGGUGCCUGGGUGUGUGCUUGCAAGGGGAGUGGGGGGGAAGGAAGGGCUUGGGGGUGGGACUGCCUGGGUGCUGGUUUGCCACCCUCACUCCACCCCUUUCAAACCUUUCCACCUCCUUCAACCCCUUUCCACUUCGUCCACCCUUUCAACCCCUUUCGACCCCUUUCGACCUCUUUCAACCCUUUCCACCCCUUCCACCUCUUUCGAUCCCCUUCAAUCCCUUUCCACCCCUUCCACCUCUUUCAACCCCCUUCAACCCCUUUCCACCUCAUUACAGAUUUUGGCAACUGCACGGACUGGAACCCCGCGAUGGAGAGGAUCACCGGGGUGCCACGUCAGCAGGCCAUCGACCGGCUGCUGCUGGGCGGCAUUUUCGGCCCCAUCUGCCGCAUGAAGGCGGACACGAUGACGAAGCUGAUGAUUGUGAUCAACAAGGCCAUGUCCGGGCAGAUGACAGAUCGCUACCCCCUCGAGUUCCUCGAUGCUCAUGGCCAACUGGUGGAGGCGCUUCUGACCGUGCAGACCCGCCGGGACUCAGACGGGCACGUGACGGGGGUGUUCUGCUUCCUGCACACCGUCUCCGCGGAGCUCCAGGCAGCCCUCAACCUGCAGCGCGCCACGCAGGACUUCGCCAAGGAGAAGGCCAAAGCCGUCGCCUACACCAGAGACGCCAUUCGUGGGCCGCUCGAUGGGAUUGAGCACGCACUGAAGGGGCUAAGGAAGGAGGAGCAGGAGGGGCGGCUGGUCGGGGAGGAGGAGAAGAAUGCGGUUGGGGUGGCGGAGCGGUGCAAGGAGCAGGUGGACAGGAUCCUGGGGGAUGACGACAUUGACACCAUUGAAGAGGGCUACGUCAACAUCAUCCCGGCCGUCUUCACCAUCGCAUCAGUCAUCGACGCGGUCAUCGCGCAGGGCAAGCAGGCGGCCUCCCGGCGCGAAGUCUCGCUCUCCUUCGACCCGCCACCGCAGCUGCGCUCGUUCCCGGGCCUUGCAGGGGACCCUGCUCGCCUGCAGCAGGCCCUGGCGGAGUACCUCACCAGUGCGGUGGCGUUCACGCCGCAAGGCGGGUGGGUGAAGGUUCGGCUUGUGACCAGCACCAGGAGCCUGUUCGGCGAUCAAGGCUCCCUCAAAUGCGAAUUCCGAGUGCAACACUCGGGAGCGCUCCCACAGGAGCUGGUGCAGCAGCUGUACGACGAGGCAGACCCACUCCACCACGCGCACCCAGGAGGGGCUCGGCCUCUCCGAGCGCUCCCCCAGGAGCUGGUGCAGCAGCUGUACGACGAGGCGGACCCCACCACGCGCACGCAGGAGGGGCUUGGCCUCUCGGUGUGCCGCAAGAUUCUCCUCGCCAUGGCGGGCGAUGUGCAGUACGACCGCAACUACAACGCGUGCGAGUUUGUCGUGCGGAUUGGGUUCCCCUUCGCUUAG